AUGAAAUUUGCCGAACAUUUAUCAGCACAUGUCACACCCGAAUGGAACAGUCAGUAUAUUCGUUACGAUGAUAUGAAAGAAUUACUGGCACAAGCGGUUGCCAAAGCACAACCGUUUGUGGAUGACAGUGAUAAUAUUCUACGUGAACAAUUUUUCUUUCGUGUUGAUGAACAUUUUUUCCAGUAUUGUGAAAAAGAAGCGACAAAGAUCAAUACAUUUUUUGCGGAGAAGAUUGCUGAAGCUCUGCGACGUUGGGAAACGUUGAAAAGUGAAGUUGGCCAUAUAGAACAGUCUCGUCGUCAUGUAUCGCAUCGUUCAGGUGCAUCAGGUGCCGAGCCGUCUGGAAACAAUGAAGUACAUGAUGAAACGAAGUCAUCGACGAUAAAACGUCGUUCGGAAGAUCAAACUGCCGUCACACCAUUAACACGUGUGCUGCCAGAACGUUUAGUGGAAAAGACACGUGAAAAACAAACACAACGUGUGCAAUAUCGCAAACGGAAUGAUUUGAAGCUAGCGUUCAGUGAAUUUUAUUUGAUGUUAGUUUUGUUGCAAAACUAUCAAACAUUGAAUUUUACUGGUUUUCGUAAGAUAUUGAAAAAGCAUGAUAAAUUAUUUCAAACCACACGUGGUGAAGAAUGGCGAAAACUGCAUAUUGAUCCAGCUCCUUUCCAUACAUCGAAACGGGUUGAACAAUUGAUUAGUGAUGUCGAAACGUUGUACACUGAUACAUUGGAAUCAGGUAAUCGAGCGCGUGCAAUGAAACGUUUACGUGUGCCACCGUUGGAAGAAAAACAAUCACCUGCUGUAACAUUCCGUGUUGGAAUAUUUGUCGGUAAGACUGACGAACUCAACUUUCUCGUGCAUAAUUUCAUUCUUGAAGGAAUGAUUUGUCUCCUACUUCCUGCUGUUAUCGCUCUUGCAGCCAAUCUUCAUGAUAGUCAAUCAACGAAACCACUUGCUUGGCGACAAGCAUUGUUUCUUUAUCGGUCAACAUUUCUUGUUGUUCUUCAUAUAGUUCUAGUCGGCAUCAACGUUUACGGUUGGUCAUCAUCAGGUGUCAAUCAUGUUCUUAUAUUUGAAAUCGAUCCUCGGAAUCAUCUUACUUACCAACAAUUUCUUGAGAUUGGUACAUUUCUUUUUGUUAUAUGGUUUUUAAGUUUUACAGGAUUCAUUUUAUCAUCUUAUUUUGACUUUUAUCCAUUUAUACAACCGCUUGGUUUUGUUACACUAAUUCUUUUAUUUCUGUUCAAUCCAACGCAUACGCUUUACCAUCAUGCACGAUUCUGGUUUCUGAAAAUUCUAGGUCGCAUUAUCUGUGCCCCAUUCUAUCGUGUCGGUUUCGCUGACUUUUGGCUUGGCGAUCAGUUGACAUCACUCGAAUUGAUCUUUUUCGAUAUUGAGUAUUUCUUUUGUUUCUAUAUCUACGAUGUCGGAUGGUGGCCAGUGUACUCGUCCUCUCCAACACGUGGCGUACUUUGUCAGGGUUGGCCUCAAGUCCUUCUGCAAACCAUUCUGAUGAUCUUGCCAUCAUGGUUUCGAUUUGCACAAUGCUUGAGACGUUAUCGAGAUACGAAACAGAAAUUUCCGCAUCUUGUCAACGCCGGCAAGUACGCUAGCGGCUUCUUCGUCAUGGGAACCAAUGCAGCGCGACGUGCCACAGCGAUAAAUUAUUUCGAUAGUCCCACAUCGAAUCCUUUUUUGUAUAUUUGGAUCAUUGCUUCGUUCAUUGGUGCAACUUACAAAGUUAUUUGGGAUUUGAAAAUGGAUUGGGGAUUCUUCGAUAAAAACGCCGGCGAAAAUAAGUUCCUACGCGAUCAAAUUGUUUAUCCAUCCAGAUUCUAUUACUAUGCAGCCAUUGUCGAAAACGUCCUCUUUCGUUACAUAUGGGUGAUCAACGUUUUCAUGCAGUUUCGGACACGUUCCGCUGAAUAUGCUGAUGUCAUUGGCUUUAUAUUUGGUCUAAUCGAAAUCUUUCGACGAUUUGUUUGGAACUACUUUCGAUUGGAAAACGAACAUUUGAAUAACUGCGGAGAAUUUCGAGCUGUGCGUGAUAUAUCAAUUGCACCGAUAUCAACCGUCGUUGAUCACGGAACGUUAGAGGAGAUGAUGGACAACGACAUGGGAAUCAAAAAUCGACGUAAAGGCAAACGACACGAUUUAUCGCCAAAGAUUAAUAAAUCAUUUAUGGAUGAUAAUGAAGUUACAACUGCUCGGACAACUUCGAUAAACUCCAAUCCAAUCACUGAAGAGUUAAAUACCACCAUUGAAGCUCUCAAGCCACAGAUAUCUCAUGAUGAAUCUUCAGAAAGUCACGCCUUUUUAUGA